AGAGACUUCUCUCCUAGUUUUGUUUAGUUUUCUGCCAAGAUCUCAUAUCUCUUUCCUCAUUUUCUUCCUCUUUAGUGAAACUCUCUAGCUCCUUAUAUCUUCCACUGAAUUUGAGAAAGAAAAACAAACCCCUAGUUCUUGAUUGUUAGCUAUAAACUAAAACCUUAACUUUCCCUUUACGCUGUAGUCUCUCUUAGCUCCAAACUUGAAGGCAAAAUUCAGAAUCCCUUUUGGUACACAAAAGAAAAAAAAAUGGAAGCUUUUCAUGUACCUAUUAGCUUUCACUUUCCCUAUGCUUUUCCUAUCCCAACACCAACAACAAAUUUUCUUGGAACUCCACCAAAUCCAUCAAUAAAUGGUAGCCCUUGGAUGGAUGCUAGAAUUUGGAGCAGACUUCCACAUAGACUAAUUGAUAGGAUCAUUGCUUUUCUUCCGCCACCUGCUUUUUUUAGAGCUAGAGCUGUUUGUAAAAGAUUUUAUGCCCUUCUUUAUUCUAGCACUUUUCUUGAAUUGUACCUCCAAAUUUCCCCUCAGCGCCAUUGGUUCAUUUUCUUCAGGCAAAAAAUCCCAAGAAACAAUAUUUACAAGAACAGUAGUAAUGCUUCUGGUACCUCUGAUCAUAGAGUUGAAGGUUACCUCUUUGAUCCUGAUAGUCUUUCUUGGUUUAGGCUUUCCUUUGCUUUAAUCCCACAAGGGUUUUCUCCUGUUUCAUCUUCUGGUGGAUUAAUUUGCUUUGUUUCAGAUGAAGCUGGAUCUAAAAAUAUCCUUUUGUGUAAUCCUCUUGUGGGAUCUAUGAUUCCUUUGCCACCAACUUUAAGGCCUAGGUUAUUCCCUUCUAUUGGUUUAACUAUAACUAACUCAUCAAUUGAUUUAGCUGUGGCUGGAGAUGAUUUAAUAUCUCCUUAUGCUGUUAAGAAUUUAACCACUGAAUCAUUUCACAUUGACGGGAAUGGAUUUUACUCAAUCUGGGGUACAACUUCUUCACUUCCAAGAUUAUGCAGCUUUGAAUCGGGGAAAAUGGUGCAUGUUGAGGGCAGAUUUUAUUGCAUGAAUUUCAGCCCUUUUAGUGUACUUUCCUAUGACAUUGCUACUAACAAUUGGUGCAAAAUUCAAGCACCCAUGCGACGAUUUCUACGUUCGCCAUGCUUAGUAGAAGGAAAUGGGAGGCUUGUUUUGGUUGCAGCAGUUGAGAAAAGCAAACUGAAUGUGCCAAGGAGUUUAAGGCUAUGGGCAUUGCAAGAUUGUGGGACAAUGUGGGUGGAAAUAGAGAGAAUGCCACAACAACUCUAUGUACAAUUUGCAGAAGUGGAAAAUGGUCAAGGGUUUAAUUGUGUUGGUCAUGGACAAUUUGUGGUCAUAAUUAUAAAGAAUUCAGAUAAGGCAUUGCUGUUUGACUUUUGCAAGAAGAGGUGGAUUUGGAUUCCUCCUUGUCCAUUUGUGGGAAAUAAUAAUUUGGAUUAUGGUGUUAGUAAUUAUGGAUCAGAAUUUGGAGGGGAAUUGCAUGGAUUUGGUUAUGAUCCUAGACUUGCUGCACCUAUUAGUGCACUUCUUGAUCAGUUGACAUUGCCCUUUCAGUCUUUCAACUGAUUGUUAAACUGUUUCAAGUGGAGUAGCAGUAUUAGUACUAUGAAUAGUAGUAAGU